AUGCGGUCCCUCUCACUCCCCAUCCGCCGCAGUCUCCGCAACCUGCACACGUCCCACCCAGCAACACCCUCCCCCGCCAUCCUCCGAUCCUACAGCACCGCAUCGAGCAAUGGCAGCACACCAACUUCCACAGCGCUAGAGUCAGAACCGCCCACCCCUGCACUGAGCUCGCGGUGGUUCGCCGACCUGCAGUGCCGGCUCCGGCAGCUGGCCGCUUCGAGCCUGGGCGCGGCGGGGAGGAAGGAGGCCGAGCGGUUGCUGCAGUUCGCGCAGGAUGAGUGGAUGGUGCUUGUGGCCGGGCGGCAGGGGUUCCUCACGGACGAGAGGUGGAGGGGGCUAGACCGGUGUCCGGUGGUGUGGGGGGACAUGGAUAGUAUGGGACACGUCAACAACGUCAUGUACAACCGCUAUGCCGAAUCCGCACGGGUAAACUGGGCCCUCUCCCACGGGCAAGGCCGCGGUCCCGAGGAACAAAACCGCUGGGAAGGCCUCAUGACCCCUCGCGGCGUGGGUCUGAUCCUAAAAAGCAUCAAAACCGAGUUCAAAUUCCCCCUGGGAUUCCCCGACAAAGUCACCGUCCUCGACCGCCUCGUCGAGAAACCCACCUACGACGCCGACGUCCUCAGACUCGACGUCCUCAUCCUCUCGGAACGCCACAGACGCGUCGCCGCCCGCUGCGAGGAGGAGGUCGCCGUCUACGACUACCGCUCGGCUCGCAAGACCGUCCUGCCGCGGGACAUGGUCGACCGCCUCGCCGAGACGUAUGAGCUGCAGGAAGAAGCCAGGCGCGUGGCCGAGGCCAAGGCCGCCGAGGUGAUCCGGGCGGUCGAGAGGAUGGAGAGUAUUGGCCAAUUCUCAGGCCAGCGACUUCUGCAUGAACAUUCGAGGUUGCCCUUCCACGACACCGCCGCAUGGAUAUCCGGGUCUAUUUACACCAUGGUCUCCGACUAUCUAAAACACCGCCGUCGAAUCCAGAAACCUGCGUUUCCAAGCCUUUGCACGUCUCAAUGA